GUACUACCAGGGAGGCUAAACUCGGGGGAAAAUAACACCAAUCGUUUCCUGAGCUAACAACACUCGGUUCGGCUUUGACAGAUAACAUUUAACUCAUCUUAAAGCGCUCAAUAUAUAAGGAUAACCUUACAAAACAGGGCAAAAUGCCUUUCGGAAGAUAUACAGUUUGUUGAUGUGGAUCAGAUUUUAUGUCAGUCAACGAGUGCCUCCGAUUACCCAGCUGCUGCUUUGUUCGCUAGCGCAUAAGCUAAAUCGCUAGGUGUCUGCCAUUAGCCAGGAUAAAUAUCCUUUGUGAAUGAGUUAUUCCGGACAACAAUAGUGAAAAAGAACAGAAGGGAUGGUGCAGCCCCAACCUGAUGGCCCCAUGCAGUGGGACAUGUCGGGAGAGGAAAGUGGUGGGGCCCUCAGGGUCCCACCAGAGCUGGCUGCCAAUGAAGUGGUGACCAGGUUGCUGGGUGACAACCAGCAGCUCAGAGAAGCCUUGCGGCGCAGCAACCUAGCUUUGCGUCAGCGCUGUGAGGAGAUGGAGGGGUGGCAGAGGAGGACAAGGGAGGAAAGAGAGUUUCUCAGCUGUCGUUUCCAGGAGGCCAGGGCCCUGGUGGAGAGGCUGGCCCAGGAGAACCACUCUUUACAGAGCCUGGUGAAUGGACCAGCCUCUUCCUCUAGCCACUGCUGUAGCUCCAGCCAGACUGAAGACCUGCAAAGCCGCCCAGCGAGGAAUGGACCCCUGGAUGCUCCACAGACUCUGGAUCAGCAGGAGAAGAAGAGAGUUGAAGAGACAGAUCAACACACACAGACCACUCCCCCUCGCAGCCUGGGUGAUGAAAGUGUGCAUAGCUCCUUGAGUAGCACCCCCCCCACUACCCCCACCUCACUUUCAGAGGUAAGGGGGGAGGUAAUGGGCAGGGAAAAUGGCCAGCCUGUGGAGGGUGCAAAUGACUUCCUGCAGCUGCUGAAGAGCCAUAAAGAAAAACUGGAGGAAGGGAUGAGAGAGCUGAGGAAGAAGAACGAAGAGCUGGAGAGGGAGAGGGACGACGGAGAGAAAGAGAGAGAGCGAAUGCGUCGCUGCAUUGACCAGCUACUGGCCAAACUGGCUCAGGCACAGGCAAGCAGUGUUACUGAGGAGGUUGUUCCACAUCGCUCUGAGGCACAGCACUCCUCUGACUGGUAUCGGGAGCUGGAGGAGAAGCUUGACUACCUGCAGAAGAGUUCAGCUCAGCGGGACAGAACUGAAGCUAUGCUCAAACAGAAGGACAAAGACUGUGAAGCUCUGAAAGCUCAAGCGACAUCUCUGUUAGGAGAACUGAAUGAGAGACAGAGCUGCCUGGACAAAAGCGAGCAUGAACGCAAAAUAUCGGAGGAAAAGCUAUGUAGUAAGGUGAAGGCCCUGCAGGUGGCAGAACGGGACCUGGAGGAGCAGAAGAAGCAGCAUCAUGUGGCCAUGGACAAGCUGCUGCUGCAGACCCAGAGCCUGGAGCAAGCCCUGAAAACAGAGAGACAUGUCGUCACAGAGGAGAAGAAAAAACUGACACAACUGCAGCAUGCCUAUACAUGUCUCUUUAGAGACUAUGAUUCUAAACUGAAGAGUGAGGGAGGAGAUCUGUGCAGCCGACUAGAAGAGGCAGAGAGAGCACUGGCCCUGAAGCAGGAUCUGAUUGAUAAACUGAAGGAGGAGGUAGAGCAACAGAAAGGCUCACUGGAGACUGUUCCUGUCCUCACCGCACAGGCUGAGAUCUACAAGGCAGAUUUCCUAGCAGAGCGAGAAGCGAGAGAAAAGCUGAACCAGAAGAAGGAGGAGCUGCAGGAUCAGCUGACUCAGGCCCUGGCUGAGAUUGACAGGCUCAAACAGGAAGCCACAUCACGUGCACGUAUGGAGCAAAUGAAGCUCAGACACCUGGAGGACUUUUCAACACGGCCCUCACACAUUCCUCCUCCACAAGGUGUGUUCCCCGGUGGAGCUUUCAACACGGCGCCCCCUCCCUCCUUGUUCCGCAAUCAGGGUUUGGUAUCAGGUGGGGAUCAAGGCGCAGCUGGAGCUGAAGAGCUGCCAGAUUUAUGUUGUCCUAAGUGCCAGUACCAGGCUCCAGAUAUGGACACGCUGCAGAUACAUGUCAUGGACUGUAUACAGUAACACCAGCAUAGUUAAGGACAUCAUGACAUCACAACACACACAUACAUACAGGGGGUCAAGGUGUUAGUUGCACCUUCUGCACCCUCUGCCAUGCAAACACACUUACACAAUCAUAUAUACACACUGUGGAUCCUACAUGAAUUAUAUUGAAUGCGGUGGAAUCAAGACAAGCGGCAAUCAGAUGACAGUAUGAACCAGUGAAAUAAAAGAACAGCAAUUUAAUCAGCAUGGUAUUUCUCUAGAACUGCUCCAUGGAUUCAGUUUCUGCUGUAGCUUUUCCAUCCUUUUUUCUCCCAGCACCUGUUUUAUUUUAUUUCCCCUCUCCCCCUUCCUUGCCUCUGAGAUGGCACACUGAUACACAUGUUCAUCAUUAUUUGUACAUGAUCCCUGUCCCUUUCCUCAGUCUCAUUUCUUGUCCCUCUUGACUCCACAGCGUAGUAGCAACUGAGGUAGAUAACUACUGUACUCACUGUGGAGUAAGUGUGUAUACUUUGACUGCAUCAUCCAUUGUUACAUACACUAGUAAUCAUUGGGCCUAAGGUGAUGACAUGUCAAAAAAAGUGACAAUUCAGAGGGGUACCUUUCCCACAAAGGAGACAACACAUGAGUGUGAAUAACCUAGUGAGCUUUAAAUAACGAAGUAUAUUCAAAUAUGUUUUGGUCAUAAAUGUUGCUAGUCUACAUUACCUCAAAACAUGUGUUAUUAUGUAUUAGAGAUGGGUUUACUCUU